AUGUGGUCCGAUCUUGGUUUUACUGCAGAUGCUAAAGAUUCAGAGACACGAUUAGUCGGAUGGGCUGUUUACCGAUAUUGUGGUGGCGUAUUUCGUCCUCAUACGAAGAUCAAUGAUAAAGGAAAAACGAAAAAUCAUGGUCUCAUAUCCUGUAUCAAACUUUUGGAACAAUCCUAUUCUCGAAAAAAAGAAACGACUGAAAUUGCUAAACGAAAUUCUCCUUUCGAAUCAUACUUCACCAAAUCCAUAACCUUCAGUUUCACAAUUUCUCACAAACAAAAAGAAAAUUUCCCCAUCUUGGUCAAAAAAGUUGAAAGAAGCCGAAGUUAA